AUGGCCGUCGCUGGCGAGGAGGCCGGCCUGACUAAUCGUCAUCUAUAUACCCUAGACCUUGUGGGUUUCGGGCGUCGCAAGCUCUUGGACCGCGGCGUGGUUCUAUCGCUCACCGAGGACGUUGACGAGGAUGCGUACAAUAUUAUCUGCGUCGACGGCUCACGAGUGACCAAGAAGGCCAGCGAAAUUCUCGGCAUCUUUGACAGAACCUUUGUGCACGUCGGACAGAUCGUCGGGUCGGUGUCCGACUACGGCGGGCUCAGCCUUGGGGACUACGUCGUGUCCGGGCAGUGGCUGGGGCGGGUGGCCGAGGUGUCUCUGGACGUGGAGGUCUCGUUCGACGACGGCGCUGUCAUGAUCUAUAGAGUCGCCGACGCGGGGUCGGAGGAGCUCCGACCGCACAAGCGGCGUGUCGUCUUCCCCGAAACGAACACCGGCUUCUACCCAGGCAGGCGCGUGUUCACCGGCGGCGACUCCUCGGACCGCAAAGAAGGCAAGGUGACCAAGGUGGAGAUGGCUGACGUUCUUGUCUACUGGAUCGCGUCUGCCGCGGGACACGGCAUGGAGUUGGCCCCUCCGGCAAACCAGAAUCCUGGCAAUCUGACCUUUUUCUGCUCCGCGCCAAGAUGCGUCUGGAGUCUUGGCGACCGCUGCUUUCUUGAUACAGAUAUAAAUAACCUGCAAAAUGAGCAACGGUCGCCGGCGUGGACACCCGCCACCAUGACCGUCUCCCUCACCACCAGCUCUAUCGAGGUGCUGUGGCAGGACGGCAAGCGACAGAAUAUGGCACACUCAUCAGCUGUCUACCCCGUCCUGUUCCGGAGCGAGCUCGAUUUUCUCCCAGGGCAGUACGUUGUUGACAACUCUCCUGAUGAUGACAACAUUAUCUAUGCUGCUGCGGUUGAUGGUACCGAAGAAGAAGAAGAAGAAUACGCCGUGGGUACUCCUGCUUGCCGUGGAUCAAAGAGGCGCGUCGGCGUCGUGAGAAGCUUAAAUUCCAAAGAGCAAAUAGUAGAAGUAUCGUGGUUCAAGGCGGGGUCUGAGAGCAGCUGGGAGGUGGAGUGCGACAACACCGUAAGUGCGUACGAUUUGGCAAUGGACCUUGAACACUCUAUUUUCUAUGGAGACGUCGUCGUCCGUCUACUACCAGACGUAAGCGGAAGUGCACCACUAGUGCAGCAACCAGUACGGGUGAAGAGCGCCCCAGCUGAUCUUUCAUGGGUCGGACGCGUUGUUGACCUUCAUCGCGGGCAUGUCCAAGUCAAGUGGGGUGACGGCAGCACAACAAUGGUUAUGAUGUCUCAGGUAUUACCCCAUGAGAUCAGUAUCGCCAACAAAAUACACUUUACGCAACUACGGGCUGAAAUGGGCCUCAAUAAUUGGUUGGAGGAAGGUGUCGAUGCUCCUCAAGAAUCGGAUGUUGUCAACACGGACAAUGAUCAAAAUGAUCCAGCAGAUGCUACAAACGUCCAAGGCAACAUGGUUCAAGGCAGUGACGGCUCUAUGAAUGAAUUAGAUGGCUCUGUUUGUGGCAAUAUGACGGAGACAAGAAUCGGGGAAAUUUUAGAUGACAAUAGCGACGAUGUGGUCAUCAAUACUACAUAUGCCACUAGAGAAGAUGAUCCUUCUAAAUGGUCACACUUUGAUGUAGUGAAGAGCCCUCAAGAUCACCAUUACCUUGACACCAUUGAACAGGGCGGCGGCGGAAACAGCUGGGUCAAAGCCGUGCAGACGGAGUGGAAAAUACUUAUGAACGACUUACCAGACACUAUUUACGUGCGUGCGUUUGAGGACCGGAUGGACCUCCUCCGGGCGGUGAUGCUUGGCGCGAGCGGGACGCCAUACCAGGACGGGCUCUUCUUCUUCGACCUCCAGCUGCCGCUGUCCUACCCGACUAUGCCACCACAGGCAUACUACCACUCGUUCGGCCUACGUCUCAAUCCCAACCUCUAUGAAUCUGGCACGGUCUGCCUCAGCCUGCUAGGUACGUUUGGCGGCGAGGGCACCGAGGUAUGGUUGCCGGGGACAUCGAGCCUCCUCCAGGUCCUCGUCUCAAUCCAGGGGCUCGUCCUCAACGACCAACCAUACUACAAUGAGCCUGCGUAUGAGACCUUUGUUGGUACACUGGUGGGACAACGCAACGCGCUGCCCUAUGGCGAGAACGCUUACCUGCUUAACCUCCGGACAAUGCUCUACCUGUUGCGCCGACCACCACAAGGAUUUGAAGAGUUCGUGAAGGAUCACUUCCGUCGCAGGGGGAGAUUUGUUCUCAAAACAUGCGAGGCAUGCCUUCAAGGAUGCGCCAUUGGCACGCUCGCCGGUGAUGCUCACGUCACCAAGGCAGACAAGGAGCAGCCAUGCUCGGCUGGGUUAAAGCUUGCACUCAGUAACUUAGUGCCAAGACUUGUGGCAGCCUUCAUGGAUAUUGGUGCGGAGGGGUGUGAUGGCUUCCAGCUCCGCGAGCCUCGUGAACAUGUGAUGUUAGGCUGGAUUUCUAUGUUUUAA